GUCCUGUGCUUAUCGGGCAGGAGUUGUAACGUGUGCUAACAGGACGGAGGGUUGGCCGUGCCCAAGUGAAGCAGAGAGUGAAAGACCCGUGGAAAGAAUCGGCUGCCCUUUCAGUAGUGUACCUUCGGUGUGGUGUGCGGUUCGGUGUCACGUACCACAGUUAACCACUGACGUCUUUACCGUCAUCUCACGCCUGCGAACUACUGCGAAGCAUUAGCAGGCAGCAGUAGCAACAGCUUCAUAGCUUCGCUCCACAGUGUGUACUAUGCCGUGUGUGUUUGUGUGCGGUUCGUGAAUGCUAUUGUGGCGUGCGGGUUUGUUGGUGCUGCACGACGGUGCUGGUGGCCGCUGCUGGUCGUCGUGUGCCGUAACUCGCCUUCGCCUUCGCAACUUUUGGCCACCGAAGCUAAAAACCUGUCGCCCCCAUAACCGAACGCUCCCCGUCGGACCGUCGCAGAAGGUUGUUGAUGGUUGUUCGGUACUUUAAACUGCAACACUUGAGCCUUGCUGCAAGAGCUUCCCGUCGGCCGGUGCGACUUUCCAUUUCCACGCACACAGACGCCCGAGUCACCUGUGGCACCCGUCACAACCGUCGGCGCCAUCCCGUUAUCAGUCCGCCCGCCGCCGUGGAAACGGUGCAGUAGCAGCGACAGCAGGCAGCAACAAAAACAAUACCAAUUACAACAACUCAAGAUGGCUGCUUUGUCUGCUGGAAGCUACGGAUUGUCACAGCAGGGCAGCUUAAACGAUGAAAAUAAGGAGCUGAUUUUUGUCAAACUAACCGAUUCGGCGCUGCGUGCCAUCGAGGAAUUCCAACGUACUCAGGCUAAGCUUGGCAGUUCGUCGGGUAACCCAUCGAUACAAUUCCUCCAGAAUGGGCAAGGGUGCCUAUCGUUUCCUUCCGGUGGUAACAAUGUGCAGAAGUUUAACUUCUCCAUCACCGACUUCGACACGGGUUCGAUCGAAUGCAUUCAGCAGGCUCAAGGCCAGCUGCAGAACAUGGGCCAUAUUCCACACAAAAUGCGGAUACACGCUAACGACGAUGUGUACGAAACGACGAGGCAUCGUUUAGCGGCUGCAGAAGAAAAUCAAAAGAACAAGUGCACGAGAGAAAUCAAGCCUAAUCAAACAGAUAUCGGGCGUAAAGUGAAAUUAAAAAAUCCAACCAUCCGCAACAUUCCUAGUAAUAAUGCAGUCAUAAGCAAACGUGAUUCUAUAUAUAACAACAGUUCUGUGAAUAAGGCAUCCUCGGUAGUGGCGAACCAGCUAACGUCUAAUAAUAAUCUAAAUAGUUAUAAUAACCUAGCAACAUCACCAAAACUAGUUAAAACCAAUGGCCUGCACCAGUCGCAGGUCUUGCAGCAGCAGCCUCAAACUCAGCAACCUCAGGUGCAAACGAAGCCCGGGUACCAGCACACGGUCCAAGACCCUCCUCAUCAACCGCAACAACAGCCGGCGGCACAUCAGAAGCAACUGGAUAAUGGUAGCGCCCAGAAUAGGGUGACGAAUGGGCGAAAGACUGGCAACUCGGAGUUCAUGAAAUGCAAUAUUAAGGAGCGAUUGAUACAUAUGCUUGCUUUGAAACCAUACAAACGGGCGGAGCUAAUAGUUAAGCUACAACAAGACGGUGUACGUAAAGAGGAGAUGAAAUGCACGCAGCAAAUAUUGAAAACCAUCUCCAGCGCGCGGGACGGUAUACUGAUACUGCAUCGGAAUGUAUGGAACGAGGUUCAAGACGAUUGGCCAUUCUACUCGGAGCAGGAUCGCCAAGCGAUUAAGCGGAGAAGGCCCCAGAACUUAACGCCUCCGCUCAGUUCCGAUGGAGGAUCUUCCACUUCGGGCCAGAGCCCAUCUAGCACGCACAACGGUAACAGUCCGCAGUCGGGAAGCAAAAGGCCUGUAAUGGCGGGCAACGAUGAAGUCGGAUCUACACCGACUUCCAAAAAGCAGCGAAUUAGUCACUACAAAAAGGAUACCCAUCCGGACCAUAUGAGGCCCAACCUAACACCAAACACCCAGGAUAAUGAAGAUGGUGUUAGUUUGAGUUUCUCGCUGGUAUCAAACGAUGUUGCUAAGCGGAUAGAAUCAUCGGUGUGUGAAACAGAACCUGAGCGGGAUCCUUACGAAACGGGCUUUCUGGAUGGUGCGCAGCAGAUAAACGGCGGUGGAGAUGAUGAUUUUGUUAAUCAAUUCACUAGGAUAACCUCGGUGGAACAGCGGCGUAGGUACAAGACUGAAUUUGACAACGAAUACAAGGAAUACAGGCGGUUGCACGGGGUUUUGGAGAAUGCUUCGAGAAAGUUCGCGCAGUACGAGGAAGAUCUGCAACAUGAACCGAAGGAUACGCAGCGAUACAAGGAUAUUCAAAUGAAAAUCAUAAAGGAGUACGAUAGAAGUAUUAAAAAUGUCAAAUUUCAACAGGAUAAAGAACGAUUUAAUUACCUUCACAAGAAACUAUCACACAUCAAACUGCUUGUGCGUGACUAUGAUACCUCUAUUACCAACGGCGGUUUAUAUCGGCCGCAGGAGAGUUACUGACGGUUGUUGAAACUCAUGAAGCGUUCGUAUUUCAUAUGUUGAAAACAUUAUUUAUUGUGAAGAAAUACUAUCACUCGUGCACAGUCGACCAGCUGUUAACCUAGAAUAGUUGGCUAUGAUGAACUUACUACUCUUUUCAAGUCCCCUUCAGUUGCGCGGCUUUGUGUUGGUGGAAGCUAUUUGUUUGCUGUGGCAGCGUUGAACAAUCCAUGAAAGGUUUCUAUUUUAUUGUCCUGUUACCAAUGGAUAUUGGCAUUUCGCAGUCUUAGAAAUCACAUGUGAACUCAUAAUAGAAGCAUUUAUCAGUUAAAAGUGCUUAGCAAUGGAACGAAGAAAAGUUGAGCAUACAAAACCAAAACAUUGAUUUGGCAAUUUUUCCUUUUUUUGUUUUUUAUUAAUAAACACAAUAGGUCAAUUAAAAAAUUACAUUGUACGCAGCACUUCCGUGUUGCACCUACAUCAUCUUUUCAAUGGAUUAAAAUAUUACAAGCGAAAAAAGUCUUCUCUAGGUGUGUUUUGCAAUAAAUUUACUUCUGAUUCUUUCAUACUACUCUUGUUCAUUGCCAAUAACUUUGAAGCAUAGAAGAUUAAAAAGAAUUGACUCUAGAAGGAAGACAACAAACGAAGCUUCCCUUGUUAUGUUUGUAUAAUGAAUGUUUUCUAUUUAUUGAAGAAAGCUUUUUUACACCUUAAGCUGUGUCUAUCAACAAAGCUGAAAAUGAAAUAAGAAUUCCUUAUUUUAUUUUUAUUGCCCAGCAUGAUGUACUUUCUCUCUCUCUCUCUUUUCCCCUAUCUCUCUUUCUUUAAAUACAUCUCUCUCUCUCUCCCUAUCACUAUCAUCGCUGUAUAUUGAAAGGAUCGUAAGUGAGCACGUUCUACGUCACUCGAGAAAUCCUGUAUUCAGGUGAUAGAUUCAAACGCAAAAUGAUUGCAGAGAAAACUAGAAAAGACGAAGUCCACGAAGAAAGUCGAGAGCUAAUAAAAAAUAUUAGAUUAGGAGGAGCUGGUGGGUAAGAAGAAAAGGGUAUUAGAUAAAUAGUUUAUUUUGUUCUCUUUGUUAGUUAAUUGGUUAUCUAUUCCUAUCUCCGAAAGAUCCUAGCAAAUAGUGUGUCAUACACCGAGUGACAAACAGACAGUGGAGUAAAGGACUGCGUGCACCAUCAUCGAGUAGAGACCGCGCUUUUCAGCAUGUGCACAUUUAUUCCUAGCAGAAUUUGGUUCAAUUACUGCGUUCCGUUGAGAUAAUUGGAACGAGUGAUAAUGGGUGCACUGAGACAAAAAUGUGGCGGAACGAUGUGCAUUAGUAGCGGUAGCAAACAAUGAUGAUGGAAAAAGAGGUUGUCACGAAAGAUGUACUGCAAGCGAUUAGCAAUAGUUGUGGCAGUAGCAGUAGUGGUAUUUCAAUAGUAAACUUAUCAUCUCCGAGAGAAAGAAAAAAAAAACAAAAUCAUUAUUACACUAGCCGCAUGCGCGCCAUUUUGUUUAUAUUUGUCUUUAUUAUUUUGUUUGUAUGUAAUGUAAGUAAAGAUAGGGAAUUGUGCGUAUACCUAGGACAUAAGACGGAAAACGUUUAAAGGAAACGGAGAUAUUAGUGCCACUCUGAAAUGGAGAAAAAAGAAAAGAAAAACAAUUGCGCCAAGUUGUACGCUCCUCUGACAAAACGUGGAGCAAUAAAAAUAUUACAAUGAUGAGAAAAGAGCUCGGAAACUAUGGAGCAAAUGUUUGUUACUGUAUUGUGCUCAAGAAAUGCCAAUUCAAAUAGCUUGGUAUUCAGCUGAGGUGCCAUUGGUGCAGCUUGUAACAAUGAAGCAUAUUCGCGAAGAAUAAGGCAAAGCUCAUGUGAAACACGAUUGAAGACAUUAAAUACUGACAUUAGAGAAGAGAGCUAAGUGAAAAGAGUAAAUGCGAAUUGCGCGCAAAUAUCAAUUCAAUGAUCUGAGAGAUGUUGUACAAUAGUCCUUAUCACGUUACCGCACAUCGCGCAUAUUCGUUACGUUUAAGUUUUGGUUUCUGUUUUGUUUCGAAAUUCGUCAGCCCCAACGUGGUGUGGGUUCUGACCUGUGUUCAGUCAAGUUCAGUAAACAGUGCCGACAGCAGAUAGUUGUUUAGUCCAACUAAGAACAACGCAACACGUGCUCAGACGCAAUGCUAUAGAGAGCAUGAAUGGCGGGAAAGCAAGCGUAUCUGUGCAAACACAUGUAGCACAUACAUGCUCUGACACAUAUAUGACUUAUUUGUUAGUCCAUUACUGAAAUGAGUAUAUUUUUUCAUUUAAUUACCACGUGUUUUGGUUGAUACUGUUUUAUAAACAUUUCUACUCGUUUCAAGUGUGUGA